AACAGCUGCUAUCCUGCUGCGGUUUGUGGGUGUCGAAAUGUCAGCUGAUUGUUAGCCCGUCUGGCUAGCUUAGCAUAGCUGGGUGUUUGUUUUUGUCACAGGACAGGCUGCCUCUGACGGACCCCCCUUCAGGCUUAACGCAUAUUUACUAAUUCCUCGGGCUUGUGCUUUUUUAUUUUAUUUAUUUUAAUAACCCGUCAUCAGUUUUAUUUCUCGGGGCUGCUAACCCACCGCCAGCGGUGCUGCAUUUUCCACAGCAGCGAGGAGGAAAAAGGGAGUGAAGUUGCUGUCCGAGUCUCUCUGCAUUGCAGCCCCCGGCGCUGCUGAUGGAAUUCAAACACACAACAAUGGCGUCUCCUGGUUCAAACAGCUCAACGGCAGCCAGCGGCAGCGGCGGCAACGCGGGCUCCCACCUCUACCAGCAGCAGUCCCAGUCCCAGCACACCACCACCAUGAGCGGCAUGCAGGAGGCCAACACCUGCUGGAGAUGUCAGAGUGAAACAGGGUUUCAGAUAAACCUGUCUGGAGCUCACCCAAGUAAACGCAAAGCCCUGAAGCUGAACUUCGCCAACCCGCCGAUCAAACCCGCGACCAGAUUCUCCUUAAACACGGCUGGACCGCCGUUCCAGAACCCCCACAUAGAGAGGCUGAGAACUCACAGUAUCGAGUCGUCGGGGAAGCUGAAGAUCUCCCCGGAGCAGCACUGGGACUUCACAGCCGAGGACCUGAAGGAUCUGGGCGAAAUCGGCCGCGGGGCGUACGGCUCCGUCAACAAGAUGGUGCACAAACAGAGCAACAUGAUCAUGGCCGUUAAGAGGAUUCGGUCAACGGUGGAUGAGAAGGAGCAGAAGCAGCUGCUGAUGGACCUGGACGUGGUGAUGAGGAGUAGUGAUUGUCCUUACAUCGUCCAGUUUUACGGCGCUCUGUUCAGAGAGGGCGAUUGCUGGAUUUGCAUGGAACUCAUGGCUACCUCGUUAGACAAAUUUUACAAGUUUGUUUAUGGCUCGUUAGACGACGUGAUUCCAGAGGAGAUAUUAGGAAAAAUAACUUUAGCUACUGUGAAGGCACUUAACCACUUAAAAGAAAACUUGAAAAUAAUACACCGGGACAUCAAGCCGUCCAACAUCCUCCUGGACCGGAACGGCAACAUAAAGCUCUGCGACUUCGGCAUCAGCGGCCAGCUGGUGGACUCCAUCGCCAAAACCAGAGAUGCAGGCUGCAGGCCGUACAUGGCGCCGGAGAGAAUCGACCCCAGCGCGUCCAGGCAGGGCUACGACGUCCGCUCAGAUGUUUGGAGUCUGGGAAUCACGCUGUACGAGCUGGCCACGGGCCGGUUCCCCUACCCCAAGUGGAACAGCGUGUUCGACCAGCUGACUCAGGUGGUGCGAGGAGACCCGCCGCAGCUCAGCAACUCCGACGAGAGGCGCUUCUCCCCCAAAUUCAUCUCCUUUGUCAACGUGUGCCUUACAAAGGAUGAAUCCAAGAGGCCAAAGUACAGGGAGCUUCUGAGAGACCCGUUCAUCCAGAUGUACGAGGAGCGCUCCGUCGACGUUGCCGGCUACGUCUGCAGGAUCCUGGAUCAGAUGCCGGCCUCUCCCAGCUCCCCCACAUACAUGGAAUGAAAGCCGGACGAGAACCACACCCACAUCAACUCAUCGCCACCGAUCUGUUGACAACAAAAACGCAUCAAAAUUUAAAUCUAUGUGUAAAAUUGCUUGGUCCCCUUAUUGCAGUGUUAAAAAAAAAAGAAGAAAAGAAAACGCACCUUUUACGGUUCAGUCUGUAUAUAUUACCGCACUUCCGCUUCUCUCUUGUUCACAAACACGCAGACACACACGUAUAUUAGGAGCCGUUACACGUCUCAGUGGUUGGUGACCGGGGAGUUAAAGGAAAAAAAAAAAAUAAUGUGGAAAAUGUAUUUAUGGAACCAAAAUGAUGUGGAGUCUCUGAUCCGGAGACUGGAACCAUCCUCUCUGUUAACCGCUCCACCUGUUUAAUGUCCGUGAAUGAAAGCAAAGCGUUUGGCAAUUUAAUCGAACUCGUUGUGUCAGAGCCGCAGUAGACGCCGUGCUGAUGAAUAAAGACAGGAGGAGAAAGGAAA